CCAAGCAGCUACUAGGGGCAGCGCGCCUAGUGCGGGACCCACUCGCAGCGCCCAGCAUCCGCAGGGUCCCAGCGCCGCAAUCUGCUCGCCCAGCUCCGCUCAGGUUGAGACCAGAGUCCUGCUCAGAACUUUCUGGUACCCAGUCCUGCCUCAGGAGCCCAGGCUACCCUGUCCCCUUAGCGUGGCUGCAAGCGUGGGGGCCAUGAGCUGUCUUCUAAGUACUAUGGUCCCAAUGGGGCUGGCUCUGCUGGUCUGUGGAGCACAGGCCUUUUUUCUCCCCAACACCACGAGCCUGGAGAAGCUGCUGAGCAAAUACCAGCAGGCCGAGCCACACUCCCGGGCACGCAGGGCCAUCCCCUGGUCCGACCGCCAGGAGAUCCUCAUGCUGCACAACAAGCUGCGAGGUCAGGUAUAUCCCUCUGCCUCCAACAUGGAGUAUAUGACCUGGGAUGAGGAGCUGGAGAGGUCCGCGGCAGCAUGGGCACAGGAGUGCCUGUGGGAACACGGGCCUGCCAGCCUGUUGGUGUCCAUCGGGCAGAACCUGGCUGUGCACUGGGGCAGGUACCGCUCUCCUGGGUUCCAUGUGCAGUCCUGGUAUGACGAGGUGAAGGACUAUACCUAUCCCUACCCCCACGAGUGCAACCCGUGGUGCCCAGAGCGCUGCUCAGGUGCUAUGUGCACCCACUACACACAGAUGGUCUGGGCCACCACCAACAAGGUUGGCUGUGCUGUACACACCUGUCGGAGGAUAAACGUCUGGGGAGACAUCUGGGAGAAUGCUGUGUAUCUUGUCUGCAACUAUUCCCCCAAGGGAAACUGGAUUGGUGAGGCCCCUUACAAGCAUGGGCAUCCCUGCUCUGAGUGCCCACCCAUCUAUGGAGGCGGCUGCCGGAACAACCUAUGCUACCAAGAAGAGCCCAACAGUCGGAAACCGGAGGUGGAUGAGAUGAACGAGGUGGAAUCGCCCCCUGCUCCCGAGGAAAAACAUGUCUGGGUUCAGCCCAGGGUGGUCAGACCCUCGAAGCCCAAGAAGACCCCAGCCAUCAGCUUCAUGACCCAAGUGGUCCGCUGUGACACCAAGAUGAAGGACACGUGCAAGGGAUCCACAUGUAACAGGUACCAGUGCCCCGCAGGCUGUCGGAACAACAAGGCGAAGAUUUUUGGAUCUCUGUUUUAUGAGAGUUCCUCCAGCAUAUGCCGGGCUGCUGUCCAUCAUGGCGUCAUCGAUGAUCAAGGUGGCCUGGUGGAUGUCACCAGGAACGGGAUGGUCCCCUUCUUUGUCAAAUCUCAAAAAAAUGGCGUGGAGUCCCUGAGCAAAUACAAGCCUUCUAGCUCCUUCACGGUGUCCAAAGUAAAAGAGCAGAGUGUGGACUGCCACACCACAGUUGCGCAGCUCUGUCCCUUUGAGAAGCCGGCCACUCACUGCCCGAGAGUCCGGUGUCCUGCACGCUGCGGAGAAGAGCCAUCCUAUUGGGCCCCUGUGUUCGGAACCAACAUCUACGCUGACACGUCCAGCAUUUGCAAGGCAGCUGUGCACGCAGGUGUCUUCAGCGACGAGAAAGGUGGCUACGCAGAUGUGAUGCCCGUGGACAAAAAGAAGAGCUACGUGGGCUCGCUCAGGAAUGGGGUGCAGUCAGAGAGCCUGAGUGCUCCUCAGAGUGGAAACGCCUUCCGGAUCUUCGCUGUCAGGCAGUGAAGAAUGUGGAGACCUGGGGAGAAGGGGCCGUCAUCUACCGGGUUUGGGGUCCUGCUUUCU